GCCGUUUGGCUCCGCUCGGCUCCGCUCGGCUCCGCUGCCCGCCCGCCAUGGCCCGGCGCAGCGCCCUCUCCAUCCGCAUCGUGGAGGGCAGGAACCUGCCCGCCAAGGACAUCACGGGGAGCAGUGACCCCUACUGCAUCGUGAAGAUCGAUGAUGAGGCCAUCAUCAGGACUGCCACGGUGUGGAAGACGCUGUCCCCGUUCUGGGGGGAGGAAUACGAGGUGCAGCUCCAGCCUGGUUUCCACAGCAUCUCCAUCUACGUCAUGGACGAGGAUGCGCUCAGCCGUGAUGACAUUAUUGGGAAGGUCUGCAUCACCCGGGACAUGCUGGCAGAGCACCCCAAGGGAUACAGCGGCUGGAUGAGCCUCAGUGAGGUGGACCCUGAUGAGGAGGUGCAGGGGGAGAUCCACCUGCGGGUGGAGGUCCUGGGCAGCCAGGGCAGCCGGCGGCUUCGCUGCUCCGUGCUGGAAGCCAGGGAUUUGGCCAGGAAGGACCGGAAUGGUGCCUCUGACCCUUUUGUCCGCCUGCGCUACAACGGGAAAACACAGGAGAGCACCGUGGUUAAGAAAUCCUGUUACCCGCGCUGGAACGAGACCUUCGAGUUCGAGCUGGCCGAGCCCGCCGGGGAGAAGCUCUGUGUGGAGGUGUGGGACUGGGACCUCGUCGGCAGGAACGACUUCUUGGGCAAGGUGGUGUUCAGCAUCCAGGGGCUGGAAGUGGCCGGGCAGGAGGAGGGGUGGUUCAGGCUGUGGCCGGACAAGUCCAAGCCGACAGAGGAUGAGCGCCGAGGCAGUCUGGGCUCGCUGCAGCUGCAGGUGAAGCUUCGGGAUGAGACCGUGCUUCCCUCCCACUGCUACCAGCCCCUGGUGCAGCUCCUGUGCCAGGAGGUGAAGUUGGGGCGCCAGGAUGGCCAAGUGCACCUGGUCACCCUCUUGGACGAAACCACCACGGCUGAGUGCCGGCAGGAGGUCGCCAUCAACUUGGUCAAACUCUUCCUGGGCCAGGGGUUGGUCAAGGAGUUCCUGGACCUGCUCUUCGAGCUGGAGCUGGCCAAGCCCUGUGAGCCCAACACUCUGUUCCGGAGCAACUCUCUGGCUUCAAAGUCGAUGGAGUCCUUCCUCAAGGUGACAGGGAUGCCAUACCUGCACUUUGUCCUGGGCCCCACCAUCACCCGUGUGUUCGAGGAGAAGAAAUACGUGGAGCUGGACCCCGGCAAGGUGGAGAUCAAAGACGUCGGGUGCUCGGGGCUGCACCGGGUGCAGACGGAGGGCGAGGUGAUCGAGCAGGGCCGGCAGCACCUCCAGUCCUACCUGGGCGAGCUCCUGGAUGCCAUCGUCAGGUCGGCCCCGGCGUGUCCCCCCCUGGUCCGCGCCGCGUUCCGCCAGCUCUUCCAGCGCGUCGGGGAGCGCUUCCCGCAGCACCAGCACGCCAAAUUUGUGGCUGUCACCAGCUUCCUGUGCCUGCGCUUCUUCUCUCCGGCCGUGAUGACCCCCAAGCUGUUCCAGCUGCGGGACGCGCACGCAGACGCGCGGACCGGCCGCACUCUGCUGCUGCUGGCCAAGGCCAUCCAGCUGGUCGGGAACAUGGAGCCGGCGGCCGGGCGUGCCAAGGAGACGUGGCUGUCACCGCUGCUGCCCGCCCUGCAGCAGGGCACCGCCCGCAUGAGGGACUUCAUCACCCGCCUGGUGGCCACGGAGGAGGACGAGGGCGAGGAGGAAGGUGAGGGGCGGCCGCUGGGGCCCCCCCCGGCCGUGGUGAAAGAGGGGCUGCUCCUUGUGCACAAGACGCGGGGCAAGGGGCCGCUGCUCGCUGCUGCCGCCGGCAAGAAACUCCAUUUCUGCCUCACCGGGGAGUCCCUGGGCUUCGGCAAGAGCCCCGGUGCGGAGCGUAUGGGUGCCAUCGCCCUGGGCGACAUCCUGGCGGCCGAGAAGGUGGAGGAGAAGAGCUUCGGCAGCUCCCACGUCAUGCAGGUGGUCUACACGGCCGCGGGGCAGCAGGAGACAGCCUACCUGCAGUGCAAGUGCGUCAAUGAGCUGAACCAGUGGCUGUCGGCCCUGCGCAAGGUGUGCGGCAACAACCCCCGUGUGCUCCGCUCCUACCACCCCGGCGUCUUCCGCGGGGACAAGUGGAGCUGCUGCCACCAGCGGGACAGGACAGGGCUGGGAUGUGACCGGACCCGGCACGGCGUGACCCUGCAGGACUGGAGUGAUCCCCUGGAGCCCGCGGUGGAGGCUCAGCGCCUCUUCCAGCACCUGCAGGGCCUCCGGGGGACCCUCAGGGAAAAGUACUGGGAGCUGCUGGAGCCGGAGCACGCCCAGAACGGGCCCCGGGGUGAAGACGCUCCCCUGCCCGAGGGGCUGUGCCGGCUGCUGGCGGUGCUGGCGGAGCUGGAGCGCUGUCACCGCCGGGCGCAGCCCCCGGAGCCGCCGGUGCCGGCGCUGCUGCAGCUGCAGACGUGAGGGAGCCGAGCUCCUCCCCGGGCA